ACGAGUAUCUUCUGCAGGCCUUUAUUAAAGUGUUAAGUGAAUUCCCAUCUGUAAAGUGCUCGUUCCUGGUAAUGUUGUCAUUAUCAGUGUGGAUGGCACAGUUGCCUAGUGGUAACCAAGAGGAAUGAUCUGUUUGUUUUCCAUCUGCAAGGAUUUGAAGGGGUUUUGUGAAGAACCAUGUCUUCGGUUUGGAAGACUCCCUAUGGAUCAGAUGCAAUGCCUGAGACGGUAGUAAAAAUCAUUGGAAGCAAACACUUUCGAUACCUUGUGGAGAAGCCAAAGAUCAAGGAGAAUGAAAACUUGAAUGAAACUCAAACAGCACUCCGGAAAUCAGUGACUGGUCAUGCAAAGCAGAUGAACAGAGAAUCCCCAGCUUCCGUUAAACCCGCUGCUCAGCAAGUCAGUUGUAACCCAGAUGACGUGGAAGAGAUCGCGGACCCAGAGAACAACCAGAAAUGCAUCCUAACAGAAGCUCACAAUAGCAGAUUUCUGGACAGCAACAUUCCCAAUCAGGUAAAUCUCCACUGCAGCUCUGUGCCAACUGGAGACCAGUCCCUAUCCUACAUCCAUGGCCUUCCCAGGAGAAGCCUUAGAGUCUGGUCCUUGGAACAGAUGGGAAGGGACAGCUCUGACCAACCUGAGGAUAUUAUCCAGUGGCCAAGUAGAACAACAAGAGAAGACACUUUUCUUCUUUCCCUGGUCAGAAGAGAACUCAAGUCAUGUGCUUUGAGUUCCAGCUUAUUAGACAAGAUUCAGAAAGAGCUGAAGAUCCUGGACCCUACCUCUUCAGGACAUCUUCUCCAGUCUCAGCUAAGCCACCUCUUAUUGAGGCAUGAAGUCCCUCUGAAGUUACCAACAAUCAAGAUCCUUUGCCAGAGAUUUUCAGGGAGGGGCUCUCCUGAAAUGGUAAAUUAUGAAAAGCUACUUUGUUUUUUAAAAGUUGCAGCUUCAAAUGACCCACAGCCAAGCAGAACAGUUUUGGACAGUGACCUGAGGAAAACCCAGAGUCCUACCAAUCAGAACCAAAGCACUUCACCCCAAGACCCUAAUUCGCAGUCAGAAGUGAACAAGAGCUUGUUAGAGAUUUUGAAGAUAGCACUAAGGACAGCCAAUGGCAAACUCAACACAGACUGCCUAAAUUUGAGUUUUCGAAAAGAAGAUCGCUCAUUCUCCGGGUGCCUUCCGCCACCCAAGGUCAGAGCUAUAUGUGGGAAGCAUGGGCUAUAUCUGACCUUGAGCUUCCUGGAAAUGUUGCUUAACCAUCAAGAUUUGGGUUACCAAAAUGAAAUAAAGUGGCAGAAUUUUGUUGAGUUGCUGAGCAGAGCUUCCUCUGAUAUGUUGUGUGAUUUGCCUGCAGGAAAGAAUGAAAAGGAAGUUGCUGCCACUCCAGUGGAGCCUGAAGUUCCCAAGAUGUCUCAAAGCAAAACUGAACAUAUGAAAACGCCAGAAGAGGAGCCGCAGCCAGAAAGCCCUCCUGCUGAUACUUUGGCCCGGGAAGAUCCUCUGAGCUCUUUGAAGAUCAGACCAGUGUCCCAGCCUUUUGUGGAUCUCGACAUGAAGAAUGACCCUGAAGAAUGUGAGGCGUGGAUAGACAGGUUCAGGAAACUGGAAAAUGCACUCUACUUGUGUGAUCUGAGUAACACAGGAGCCCUGGAGAAGGAACGAGCCAGACGCCUCAUUCACAACUACAAUCUCAUUUACAACCUGUCCCUGAGCCCUCGGAAAAUCGACCAGGCCUUGCGGAGAUUUCGUUCAGGAGAAAAUAUGCUCUUGGAGCCAGCACUUCGGUACUUAAAGGAACUGUGA